GAAGGAUAUGUACGGGAAACACGAGAAACUCGUUAUCUGACGUGAGUUUGCGCUUUCUAUCUGAAAGACAGUGCUCACUGGGUGUUGGAAGGGAAAUUCUUGGCAACGGAUGCCUUGUUUGAUGAUAACUGCUUAUUUGAUGUCCAAUGUUUUCCAUUUCUACGAUUUCGACUUCAUUGCGGUAGCGAAACAAAGAUAAUUUACUACGGAGGUUCAUUGAAAGCCGGUAUUGUGUUCAUGUUAAGUUCUAAUGAGACAUUAAUACCCCUGUUUUCUUUGUGAGGAUUCGCGGGAUUUCUCGGUUUGUUUAAAUGUCAAAAACAACUUGGAAGUAUGUCUUUCUUUUGGUAUCGCUAUGGCUGCUUAUCCUUGGCUACAUGGGUUAUCAGCUUUUGUCCGUUGUCGACGAUGCAAACCGAAGCGCUGUCGCACUUCUGCAAAAGGAAAGACAAAUCGAACUGCUACAGACUCAGAAUGGGGGACUUAAAAAGAAGUUAGCGGAAUUUCAAGCAGACAAGAAUAAACUCGAAAUGGAAGUAGCCGAACUUAGACAGAAGAACUCAGAUCUUCAACGCAAACUAACAGCUCAGAAAUCCUCGAUUGUUACUCCUAUGAAACCGCAUGAGCUCAAAGAUAAGCGUGAUCAAGAUUCGGAAGUAGCGAUCACUUCAUCGGUAAAAUUUACGCCGCCUAGUCUGGAAUUUUUAACGAUAAGACGGAGGGCAGAGAAGGAAUUGAAAGAAAUGUGGUAUUUUAUAAGUGCUGAGGUGAGCAGAAUUAAGAUGUCUGCCAGCGAAAGCGUGAAAUCGAAGCUGACAAAGAUGAUGUGGACUGUUGAAGACAUGCAUCAUGUUUUGUCUUUAAACUUUGAAAACUUAAAAUCUAUGGAUGGACAAAGAGAUUGGGUUGAAAAGGAACAUAAAGAACUUAGCGAUCUUGUUCAAAGAAGACUGUAUCAUUUGCAGAAUCCAACCGAUUGCGAUUCGACGAAGAAGCUGAUGUGUCAGCUUAACAAAGGAUGUGGUUACGGUUGCCAAGUUCACCAUCUAAUGUACUGUUUCAUUGUUGCUUAUGGCCUUCAAAGGACUCUUAUAAUCGACUCUAGCGGUUGGAGGUAUUCGCCUAAAGGCUGGAAUGGAAUUUUUAAACCCGUUAGUGAAACCUGUACAAAUCAUCAGGGGAAUAUAGCGGCAUGGAGCGAAUCCGCGUCGAAAAGCGAACAAAAUAUUUUGAUGCCAAUUGUCGAUAGUUUAUACCCCAGGCCUCCCUACAUGCCGUUGGCUGUGCCUAAAGAUUUGGCCAACAGAAUACAGAAAAUUCACAGCCAUCCGUUCGUGUGGUGGAUAGGGCAGUUUGCUAAAUAUUUAUUUCGCUAUUCACCUGCUGUGCAAGAAGAGAUCGACCAAAAAAGAACUUUGCUUGGCUUCAAGAAACCAAUUGUCGGGGUUCAAGUUCGUAGAACUGAUAAAAUUAACACAGAAGCAGCUUUUCACUCCAUUGAAGAAUACAUGUAUUGGGUAGACUUGUACUAUAACAAGCUAGAAAGAGUUCAACCUGUGAAACAAAGACGUGUCUACCUUGCAACAGAUGAUGCUAAUUUAUUGCCUGAAGCAAAAGAAAAGUACAAGAACUACGAAUUUGUUAGUGAUCAGGAAAUUUCCAAAUCUGCUGGCCUUGGAUCACGUUACUCCGACUCUUCUCUACAUGGAGUUCUGUUUGAUAUUCAAAUGUUAUCAGAGUGUGAUUUCUUGGUUUGCACCUUUUCUUCACAG